AUGAGAACGUUUCCAGUUUAUGACGCAGAAGUUUCUCGGCCAGAGAACUGGGGCGUGCUAGAUCCAGCCAAGGCUUUGAAAAAGAAAGGCAACUGGAUCCCAUUUUUAAAGAUUAAGCCUAAAGUAGAUCCCUGGCAGCAAAAGCUUUUGAUAAAACUGAAACAAUGGAAAAAAGUGGAUAAGCUGAUGGACCUUCAUUCAAAAUUUGUAGAGCGACUGUGCCUGGGGAUCCUUAACUACUUCAGGUCCGUGGAGAGAAGCCUGACCAUCAGCACCACUGGCCUCUCCUUCAGGGCUGGUCACCUCAUUCCCCGUGCAGAAGACACCUCCUGGGUCAGUGCUGCCAAAGGAGGCACUGGUGGUUUCGGUGGCCUGAGUUCACAGCCGUAUAUUCACUACACGCCAGCUGACUACAAGGUCCACAGCGCUCAGUUCAUGGAGUUUGCAGAGGUGGAAAACCAUGAUGACUUUCACACUAAUGAAGAUGGAUAUAUUCACACACAGGACCAGCGAGGGGUUUACAUAAUACAUGAUGUGGCUGUAGAGGACCUGAAAGAGCUUGAGAACCAGCUGCUGCUUGUGGCCAGCCAGUACAUUGAGAAAGAUAAAAGUAAGGUAUCUACAGGUCCAAAAGACCGUCUUCUGGUAUCAGUAUGGAAAGUAACGUGGAUGCUUUUCUACUUCCGUGUCGAUCUUCUAGAUGUUUACUUUGAAGCUUACCAACAUGCUUUGGACCCAGAGUAAAGAUUUGCUUUGGCCCAAGCGAUAACUGACAUCGUGCAUAAACAUCCAAGGUUUGAUCUCAAGCUUGAAUAUUUUGUCAGCACCUACAAGGAUGAAUGCAUCUGUUUGCAACUUCACUUCCAACUGCUGAGGGACAUAGUAAACCAACAAAUAGAUGUCCAGAGGGAAUAUGUCCACAAGAUUUGGCAGGAAGGUCAGAGAGGUGGCAUCAGUGAAUUUGGACUUCCUUAUAAUGUAAUUACUAAGCAGCCUAUCUCUCUUAACACUAGCCUUCCUACUUUGAAGAACAUUUAGUUGCUGGAGUUUCACCCUUCUCUUGGUCUGGUGUGCUUGAUCCCCAAAGCUCUUGAGUAUAUCUACCAGGCCAGUAAAGCAAGUAAUCUAGAAAAACAAGUACUUCAGCUAGUGGUUGAUGAGUGGCUAACUAUGGAAAACUCAGAAACUUUUUACAGCUCUCAGAUUCAAGAAGACGUACUGAUAGAAGACCCCGUGCUCGUGCAGGAGAUUGCUCUGUCACUAUUAGAGGUGGGAGCAGACGAAGAAAAAAAGACAGCCAGAGAAAACCAGCUCUUUAUCCUGGAUUCUUUCUCCACGCUCCGCCAUCAGCUGAUAGAGGAGGCGACCGAGAGUGCGCGGUUAGCCAGGUUUUAUAAGGCUUUUGCAAUGGAAGCAGGUUUUGGGGAGUUCCAUUUGUACCUGACACCCAUGUAUAUCGAAUCUGCAUCUCACAGGGAAAAAGCAGACCACCUCCCACCAAUAUUCAUUACAUCUCUCCUGGAAGAUGAUAGCUGUGUUGACAGAUACAUUCCAUCUAGCUUACCAUUAAGCAUUCAAGAAAUUGACAGUCAUAUCGGAAAGUUUAGUUUCCAUACAAGAGAUGGUGUUAUGCAG